UUGAUUGAUGUACUCGUGUGGAGAAACGGUCACCGGAAGAACUACAGUUCCCAGCAGCCAUUGCGUCUGUUUCCGGUGACGCGGGUAAACGGUAAAUGAAGAUGGCGCCGUCCACAGAUCAACACGCUCGCGUCAUUCCUGGAGGAUUUACUGUGCUGUCGCUGAGGUUCAGUGAGGAUGACUCUCAUGCUGCUCUUCAUCAGCUGUGUGUUAAAGAGCACCGGGUUCGAGCGGAGUCCAACGCGAACCGACCGCUGGACCGAACACUGUUCGUUCUGAACGUUCCUCCCUACUGCACCGAGAGUGUAAUGACGGACGUCUUCAGCCGCUUCGGUCCGGUGCAGUCAGUGGAGCUGAGCGAGAAACCAGGAGCGUCUGCAGCGAGCGACAGCGGCGUGUCCUCAUACUUCACCUCCAGACGCAGACAGUGUUUCAGAGUCGCCACAUCGUGUUCAAGCACGCGUCUGGAGUAAAGGCAGCCAAACGCCACCCAGUGAACA